GGAAUGAAAUCCGUGCAGCUCUGUGCACCAAGUUAUACAAAUGGUGGGGUUGUCGUUAAACUAAUAAAUUUGCAUAUUAAUUAUCAAGCACGGUUUUUAGGCUCCGUUUCAGGCCUUCAACUUCAACUUUGUUUUGAGAAGGGGAAUAACAAAAGUUAGUCAAAGUGAUCAAGUGGGCUCGUAACUGCCAGAAAGCGUGUGUCAAAAAAAUCCACAAAGCACAUGGGGCUCAAAUUUAUUUAUUCGUAGUAAAGCUCUCGUUGGUGCUUCAGUUUUCUCGUUUCUUUUCGCACAGCGUGGAAAACAUAUCUCGGAGAAAAUAAGUGAAGUGAAUGUGCACAGGGAUUUGGAAGUUGGUCGUGGUGGAAUUAGUUGAAUGACUUGCACGACAUGGUAUAAAUAAAUACUCUGCAUACAUGCACAUACAAAUGGCGAGUGGCGAAUUAAUAGAGAGUUGGAGGGAAAGAAAACAAUUAUUCAGAAUGGUAAUUACGUUCCAUGUAAUUGAAUGAAACUUACAGAUGGGGCACGACUAAAAUAACUGUUAACUCAUGCUCCAAGUCUGCCCACGAGAUGGGCUAUUUUCCCCACAGUGAAAUUUAAAUCGGGUAAAUUAGUGGCCAGAUUGACAAUUUUGAAGUCAUAUGUAGUGAACUUUUGCAUAAAAAGUUUUGCUCAAGAUAAAUUUUGCAACCGCCCGGAGGAUCAUUUGGCAUCUGCACCAAUGGUGGUGUAAUAUCCGUCCAAAUGUUUGGUGGGUGGACCACGGAACGGACAGGACCAUAAAGCCUGCCAGGAACUUGGCUAGGAACUUGGUGCGGGUUGUUGUUGAUCGUGAUCUCGUAGGUGGACAUGAGUAAAUGCACUCCAAGUCUUGUUAACGAGGUUGACUUUGUAGCGACUUUCUCUCGGAAUUGAAAUUCCCAAUUGGACUACACUUAAUGAAUGACGCAUACAUGGCACGCAACACGUAGAACAAUAUUCAAGACAAUAUUAUUUCUCGUGAUUUGGAUAUGAAAAUCCUAAGAAAAACGUAUGCAUGCCGUGGACUUCUGAUUUAUCGAAUGGAAUCCAAAAACUGCCACUUCAUUACAAAAAUGAGACGAUUGAGAGUGAAAUGAGAUCAAGGGAGUAAGUGAAAUGGGAGAAAGGAGGAUAGAAAGCGAGAAGAGGAUUAAAAGCUCAUUCAGCCCUAAACACUUUAUUAUUAUGGACAAUAUUACCACGGAUAAGAGACCACAGAGACUCUGCCACGAAACCACAUAUUCGGCAAACAUGCACCGAAGCACUACAAGUUUGUGUGUAGAUCAGAGCUCAAAAGUAGAAAAGCACCACGGCGAGUCUAUAUAAAGGCGAUGCAAAAUGUCCCCAGUGCAUGAACACCAACUUUGCGGACAGCCACUUUCACUUCAAAACUCUCUCACGCAGUGCAGUGUCAACCCAUUUUUAUUCAGCUUAACUGGAAAUUUCUAAUUUGGUUACCUAAUUUCAAAUUGCGACACGUCCAGUUUCAGAAGUUAAGUACGUUUAUAACAAAAUAGGAGUUGAGAAAAUUCCAAUUAUUUCAAAUAAGGAGGAAUUUUAGACAUUAGUGAUCGGAUUUCUGACCAAGUUUUCACUUCUCACCGGGCAUAUCUUCCUAUAUCAGCUGUAAACUCUAAGCAGGAGGAUGCAUCUUGCCACGAUUAGGACAAUUAAAAUAGUAUCGCUGACCAUUACGAGUCUGGAGUGGGUCCUUGUGGUGAUGACAGUAAUGGUGACCUUCGUGGUGGGAGGGACGCCCAGUGAGAUAAAUCUUGCCAAAUGCCAGGAUCCGGUUGCAUCCAUGUCAAAAACACAAAUGGAUGUGUGGACUGUGCCAAGUUUGCUAAUGUCGGAUUUCUCAGCGGACACCAGCUUCAGAUUUGAAAACCAAGCACAAACAUGCGAAGACAUUGUCGAAUUCGAGAUACAAAUCCCACAAAUCCAGAUUGAUGACGCUUCCCCUGCAGGAACCUCACAUCACAUUCAAAUUGAAAUUCAAAAUGGGAAUGGAUGGCAAGAACCUUCAGACAACGUGACAUAUUUUGUAUCUGAUACAACCGAACUGAACCAAACAAUAGACCACACAAAUCACGCUGUUGAUAAGCCUAUCGCAACAUUUACACCAACGGGUCAUCUCUUUUUGGAUAAUGAACACUACUUUCGACCAUCAGAGUAUUGCAUUCAAAGCAUAUCGAGUGUAACAAUUGGAGUGAAAGUCUGCCAACCAAAUUGCCACUCGGUGAAAAGUCUGUGCAUCCCAAUUUGUUGCACGUUGGGCAAAGUCCUUUAUCACAAUGGGACUACGGAGACAUGUGUCGAAAUUGGAGGAGGAGACGACAACACAACGUUUGAAUAUCGACCAACCCUUUAUCGAGACGUUAAUCACAAAUUAAGUGUCGAGGAGGGGGCCCAAAUAUCGCAGCAUUUUUAUAAACACAUGCCCCGUUGUGCGGAAGGUCAAGUCUUAACGUCAUAUCCAUUCCGGAGAAUCCACAACAUUCUGGGAUCCAUUGUCCGAGUCCUCUCAAAUGGUCGGGUCAAGCUGCUCCUCCCACUGGAAAGGAAAUGGAAGGAAUUUCAAAACUUUUGUCUCGCAGGACUGGCAACCUCAGAAAAUGGAGUGGAAGACAAUCAUAAUAAUGCCGAUGCAGAGAAACCAGUCUCACUCCGGUUUUCGGGGAGCGAGGAGGAUCAGAUUCUGUACGUUUGCGGGGAUUAUGCGAGUAACGAGGUGGGCGCCCCCCAUUUUUACAUCCCGGUCCACUUUAUCAACUCAUUUUUCCUCUUUGUCACCGGCCUGGUGUACAUUUUGCUAUGGGAGAAGCAAAACAUUCACGGGUGGACCGUGUUGUCCUUCGUGCUCGCCAUGUUCUUCAUGUUCAUCUUCCUAGCGUGGUCUCACCUUGCGGCUAUGCUGCACAAGUCCAAUGCAAACCCUCACUUUGCACCACCGCCGCUCGUCUGUCGUUGCGUCGGAGCCCUUGCUCAUUUCUUCUUCCUCGCCACGUUCUGCUGGCUUGCAAUCAUCAAUGUUGACCUUUGGUUGACAUUCAAAUCCAUGACUCCAGUGUCGGGAAGGUCGAAAGGAGUGAAGCGAUUCAUUUGCUACAUGUUAUUCGCCUGGGGGACGCCCGCCAUCAUUGUGGGGGUUGGUCUGGUCUUGACACAUGUCUACCCGGACCCACUCAGCCAAGUGAAAGUUCCUGGCUAUGGAAGUGUGACCUGUUUCCUGGAGCCGAGCGUGAAAGGGAUCUAUCUCUACUACAAUAUCGGAGUCCUGAUGGGAAUUAACUUGCUCUUCAUGGGGCUCACACUCUCCACGAUUUACAAUUUCAAAGCAGGGACUCGAGCCGUCGACGCGGCCAGAUCCAAUAACAGUCAAAGCUUGUCGGCGAAGCUAUUCUUCAAACUCUUCGUGGUGAUGGGAGUUACACAUAUUUUCGAAUUCAUCUCUUGGUCUCAAAGCGUGGAAGAAACGAUGCUUUAUUGGAUUGUGCUGGACAUGUUUAACAUUCUUCAGAGCACGGGAGUAUUUUUCAUUUUUGUCUGCAAACGGAAAAUACUGAACCAGUUGGAGCAAAAAUAUCCUUCCUUGAAGAUAAUUACUGGGCCUCUCAAGAAACUCGUGGUGACUGGAAAGGCCACGCGAACAGUGACGGCGACAACAAGUGCGCCAGAUCGGACGCAAAUGAUGGCUUUCUCUUUACGAAAGUUUCAAACGAGUUCGAAGAGAAAUGCGGCAGAAACUUUGGCGCAGUCGAACAAAAAUUGAACGGUUGAAAUUGAGUGGAGUGCAAGGAAGUCAUUUUUGGGAUAUUGAUUGUACUCCAACGUUCGGAACAAUGCUCGACCCUUCGUCAGGAGCAUACAUUUCAAAUGAAAUGAAUACUUCUAUGUUGUUGUCUGGAAUGAAUAGAUCUUUAAACUGAUCAGAUCUCAUUAAUAUUUUUAUAUGCAAGAAAUAUGUAUAGAGCGUAUAACCGAUUUCAGAACAUGGUCCCAUUAUUUCAUACGGAUAGAUUCAGACACUACUCUCUUUGUUGUAUAUGAUUCGCUGAGUUGUCAUGGUCCGCAACAGCAAAUACCAAUUAAUACUUGGAUAAAUUCGUUUAUUAAGAUCAACCAUAGUUAAACACGUAUAAAUAGCAAUAAGCAUACCUCACUCGACAGUUAAUCACAGUAAUAAUUAUCAAUUGAGUUGUACAUGGAGAUAUAUGGCACCACCACUGACCUGACUUGACUAAUAAAUAAAACGCUACUCCUA